GCGCGCCGGCCGGCUCGCCAGUCCACCGCCGCGCCGCGACUGACACGCACGUGCGUCCCCCGCACAACACACGCACAACUACCCAGUGAGCGACGAGAGGGCGACCUCUCUCACCGACAAAAUAGCUUCGCAAGUGGAGAUGCCGUCGAGCCUGUUCGGCGACCUGACGGGCGGGGGCGGGCUGGUGGAGGACCAGCGCGCCUUCCAGCUGGCGCUGGAGCUGAGUCUCCUGAACCUGGGGGACCUGCCGCCGCAGAACCCUCUGGGCAGCCCGCUGGGCUUCGCGCCGCCGCCCGACGACCGCGCCAAGAAAUCACAGAACAUGACCGAGUGUGUGCCGGUGCCGUCCUCGGAGCACGUAGCAGAGAUCGUCGGCAGACAAGGCUGCAAGAUCAAGGCCCUGCGCGCCAAGACCAACACGUACAUCAAGACGCCGGUGCGCGGCGAGGAGCCGGUGUUCGUGGUGACGGGGCGCAAGGAGGACGUGGCGCGCGCCAAGCGCGAGAUCCUGUCGGCCGCCGAGCACUUCUCGCAGAUCCGCGCCUCGCGCAAGUGUGGAGCCGCGCCCCCGCCCCCCGCCGGUGCGCCCGGCCACGUCACCGCGCAGGUGCGCGUGCCCUACCGCGUCGUGGGGCUCGUCGUGGGGCCCAAGGGCGCCACCAUCAAGCGCAUCCAGCACACCACGCACACGUACAUCGUGACGCCGUCCCGCGAGCGCGAGCCCGUGUUCGAGGUGACCGGCCUGCCCGAGAGCGUGGAGGCGGCGCGCAAGGAGAUCGAGGCGCACAUCGCGCUGCGCACGGGCGCGGGCGCGGGCGGCGCGGGGGACGAGGCGGGCGAGGGGCUCACGCAGCUGUACCGCGCGGGGCUGGCGUCGCUGCUGCGCUCGGAGCAGGAGGCGGCGUUCAGCUCGGCCGGAUCGUGCUCGUCGGGCGGCUCGUCGGCGCGGCUCGGGGACCUGCUGGGCAUCUGGUCGUCCACGGAGCGCGACGAGGGGCUGGGCGAGUCGCCGUCGUUCGAGUCGCCGGGCGCGGGCGCGGGCUCGGUGUGGGCGUGGGCGCGGCCGUCGCCCGCCGCGUCGCCCGCGCGCGCCUGCGCCGUGUGCGGCGAGCGCGGCGUGGCGGCGGCGCUCGUGCCGUGCGGACACAACCUGUUCUGCCUGGAGUGCGCGCAGCGGCUGGCGGGCGGCGGCGCGGGCUGCCCGGCCUGCGCGGCGCCCGCGCAUCAGGCCAUCCGCAUCCUGUCGUAAGCCCGAGGCGCGCCCGGGACCGACACGAGCACGUUUUUGUAAUAGAAAUCGAUCUUUUUUACUUAAAUCGUUAUAAAAAUAUUAAAAAAAUAAAAAUGCGUAAUCGAAAUCCUGGUGCCAAAAGUGGGCGCCACGCCGGCGGCGCCGCCCCGGGCCCGCCGCGUACCCUAUCUAUCGUAAGUCGGCAGAGUUAUUCACGAUAUAUUUUCUUAUUAUGAACGUUUUUUAUUAUGGUCGUGCGAGCGCGGGGUGACGCGCUCGGCGCCACAGAGAGAUUCGAAGUACGUUACGAUAGAAUUUCGAAAAAAGCACAUAAAAUUUAAAAAAAGUUGUAUAAUUAUUAUUAUUGAUAGCGUAAUGAGAAAUCGAAAAUUUAUAAAGCUUACCUAACGUAAUAGCAUAAAGUAUUAAGAUAUAAUAUAUUAGGCUGAGACGGCGGAGCGCGCGGGCGGCGCGCGGCCGUGAGUGAGUGCUGAGUGAGCUCCGAGUGAGUCCGGCGGUGUAGGUCAAUGUAGGGAAUGACGUCGCGCGCCCUGCCGCCCUGGUGCGGCGGCUCGCGCGCUCAGCCAGAACAUUAUUUUGACUAUACGACUAUUUGCUUAAAUGAUAUUAUACAAUACGUACACACUAUGAUUAUGAUAAUAUUAAUAUAAUGUUUGUUUUAAGUGAGUGUUUUAAUGUUUAGAUUUUUAUUGUAAUGUUUUUAUGAAUGAUUUUUAUCUGUAUGAUUAUUGAUUAUUGAUUGAUUAUUAUUUUAUGUGUUGACGAUGUUUUUUUGUGAUUAUGUGCGCCCGAGCCGGGCCGAGGCUGCAUUAGUGUUAUAUAUAUCGCGAGUAAUAAAUAACUAUAAUAAAAUGAUAAAGGAUUAAUACUAUGACUCAUUCAUUAUAAUUGAUAAACUAUUGUAGUCUUUAGCACGACAUUGACUAACCAUUACCUAUUGAUACUUAUUAAGUAUUAUUAUUAUUAUAUUAUUGAAUAAAUUUAAAGAAUGCAUAAUUAUAUUUCAUAGGAAUCAUUAUUCUGUAUAACUCUAGUUAAAUAUAACGAUAUUAAAUGAUGUAUAAGUGUGAGUGGAUCGUUGUUUGGUUCCCCGGGGGGCUGGUUUUAUGGAUUAAUAUUUUUUUAUUUU